CAUGUGCACCAUGUCCCGUGAUCGUAGGCCUACGUACUGUACGUGUGGGUGCACGCAAUCUUUACCAAUUUCACAUGUUCUACCUGAUUUAGUGAAUAUCGCUUCCCAUCUUUAAUAUAUUAAAUUUGCACAUCGAAUCAGUUUCACUAAAUUCACAUCAGUAUGGCAAGCCAGCGCAAGGUCGGUGGAAUGAACGAACCACGGAAAGCAGAUGACGAAGUUCAGGGGUAUGCUGAUCAGGUGAAAUCCAAAGUGGAGGAGGCUGUUGGCAGAAAACUGGACAGAUAUGAAGCAAAGCUCUACACCACCCAGCUUGUAAAUGGUAUCAACUAUUUUGUUAAGAUCGAUACUGGUGAUGGCAAGUUUGUGCAUGUUAGGCUGCAUAAGACGUUCCAGGGAGACAUCACAUUCCACAGUUGCCAAGAUUCAAAGAGUGAAAAUGAUGCACUGGAGUACUUUUAAAUAUUAAAUUUGACAUAUACAGGAGAAAACACAAAGUUUCUUAACUUCAAAAUGAUCACCGUUUUCGUUUUUUGAGCCAAAGGCCGAUAGACAGAUCUGGGCUGUAGAUUCUUAAAUGAUUGCUGCUUCCUAUCAAUCCAUGAAAAUCUGCUUAUUUGCUACUCUCUUUUUCAUUGUUUUUCUAAAAUCUUCCAAAUCAUUCAACUUUGCUAAAGUUUGGUCAGUUGCAGAUGUGGACCAAAAAGGUGUUGGGGCAGGCUCCAGGGACCUCAAAUACCACUAAAUUUUAGGAAAAUUUGUAAUAUUCAAACAAGUAAUAUGAGUUGACUUAUAUAGUUGAGUAUCAUCAUGCAUGGUGUAUUAAGCAUGUAAAAUACCAUUGUGAAUAUUAAAACGGAAAUCAAGCUGAAUAAUAUAAAAUGUAUUACAUGUAGUUUAUCUUUUUUAUGGAAAUAAAAUUUUUCUGAUAAAUAUCUUGUCAUAUUUUUGAAUGGUCGAUGCAACUUCACAACGUUGGAGUCUUUGUUACCAAACAUACAUUUUAAGUGAAGAAAUUAUAUGUACUCUGAAUGAUUUUGACUCCAAAACAGCCAAGUCCAGUCUGUACCACAUACAGUAAAUACGGGUGUGUGUAGUGCCUUUAAUAAUACAUUGAAAUUUUUUCUAAAUAUGUAACUUGAAGAAAAUGACUUGGCGCUGACAUUCUGAAAUUUAUUCACAGUCUGCCAAUAAAAAUGUUUAUAACUGUUUGAUACCA